AAUAGCUGCGAUUGAGUCUAGGUUCUAACCGCACGUGAAUUACCCUACAAACAUAAUUUUUGACAUGUUCACUGCGAGAAGUAUUUGCCGUCUUGUCUCUUUUCAGCAAAUUAGACAGCUGAAUGUCACAGGAGGAAUGGCAUCUUCCAAGAAAAAUGAUCUAGAAGUGAAUCACAGCUUAGAUAGACAGGAGUUUUUCAUCGAACUCGAUCCGCCAGACAGAGGAGUACUGGACUAUGAUCUGCUAUCUGAUGGGACGGUUGAUAUGCAUCAUACAGGGGUUCCAACGUCUUACAGAGGGAGGGGCAUUGCUGGCCAGCUGGCAAAGGCAGCCUUCUCUCACUUCACUUCAGAGCGUACCAAGAUGCUAUUAACCUGCACCUAUCUACAGAAGUACUACAAGGAUCAUCCUGAUGCCAGCCCUCCGGACCUUAUUACUCUACCAAGCUAGCCCUCUCAAGCUAGCACUACCGGAGAUGAGAAGAGAAGUGGUACAGAAACAGAGGUCAGCAAUGAGAUAAUGAAUCAAUAUAGAGUGCAGAGCUUUGGAGGACAGAAAUCUGAAAAGUGAUUAAAAAGAUUAUGCAAUCAAAAGAAGAGUGAUUGCAUCUCAGGGAAUAUUAUAUAAAAUUGAUGGUCAAAGAAAAGAAGAUAUAAAUACGAAAAGCGAAUGAAAUGGUCAGGUUUACAGAGACAGGGUAUAUUUAUUGUCCCAUGAUUUGAGGUGAAUCAGCUGUUUCAGUAAUAAGAAAUGACCAAUGAUUAUUUGAAAGGCAAUCGUGAAAUAACAUGAAUGUUUUAGACAUGUGGUGGUAAGCACAAACACUUUGGAUGGUUUUAUUAUAUAAGACCAAUCACAAUAUUUAAAAUAAAAGAGCUAUUUUAUAAAGUCAAUUAAUGAUAAUAAAUAGGAACAAAAUGGAAACUUAUAGUUAAGUUAUGAGAGGUUUUUAAAGAGCCAUAAAAGAGCCAGCUGAAUAUCUUUUGUUAUACAGUAUUACUGUGUAUUACAAUGUGAUUCUUCAGGAAACGAUGCCAAGUAUAUUUUACAUUUUCAACAAUGUUAUUUUGAACAACUCUUUAAAAUAUUUCACUUCAACAAGACAUGCAACUGAUGCAAGCAGUGACAUUCUUCACUCAUUUUUAUGGUAAAUAAUUGUUUACUCAUGAUUUUUUGCUGACGUUUCUAAUUCAUGAACUGUUAUCAUAAUAUCUUUGUAAAUGUAAGUAUAGAAAUUGUGUAUCACUGACAAUCAAAGUUAAGCCUUUUGUAUUCCUAAAAAAUAACCAGUUGGCCAGUAUUAUACCUUAUCAUUUUCAACCAUCAAACUAUUGAUACCUGAUCAAAACACCAAACUUAAAGACUGAGUGUUGUGAAAUCUUUUGAUGAUUGUUUGAUAUACAGUUCAGAGUUGGAUUAAAGUGGAAAGGAAAGCCUGCAGAAUUAAUACAAACAAUUUGGAAACAAGGAAACUUGAAUUAAUUCACUGCAAAAUUAAUUAAAUGAAUCGUAUAUACUGUACCAGCAAAAGGCCCUUUUCAUUGGCAAUAUCUUUAUUUCCAGUAACUUUAUAUUAAGAAUUGUGCAGACUGCAGAGUGUGUGUUAAGAAAGGGAAAAGUAAAAUAUUCCUAUUUAUUACCAUAUAUAUGCAUGUGUUAUGUGUGUGAAAAUAUGUUUUUAGAUCGGUAUACAUCAAACAUUUUCUGUCCUUUUCAAAAUUGUUAUUGGAAUGGCACUAAAACUGGGGGAAAAUAUUGAAAUGUACAUGAUGUAGCACACGUUGCAUUGAUAAAAUUACAGGUUGUCAAUUGGGAAAUUCAUGUUUUUUAAAUUAUGUUGAGAGAAAUGAGUGAGAAAGAUGCAACAGAUUAUUGAAAUACCUUUAUAAAAGCUUUGUGAUCUUUAAAAUGUAAUAAAGAAAUUAUAUAUUUACAAAUUAUUUGCAAUGGUUCCACCACAAAUCUUGUCAAAGUUCUGUAAUGCCAUUUAGAGAUUCUAUCUGUGUUUUACCGUCACCAGAAUUUUCAUUUUAAGCAUUUUCAAUAAAUUACGAAAACAUCUUCACCUCCCAAAAUUAAAAUCAAUGUCAACAUUACCAUGGUAAUCAAUGACUAACCUGA